GGGACUCUCCCUUUCCUUCUCCACAGUGCGGACUGGUGACAUGUUUACACUGAAAUAGUACAAGAACUUUUCCUUUUCCGAGAACGCUCUCCUGCGGAUGCUUGGCAGAGCACGAGUCGCCCCUUCUUAAUUCCGAAGGAGCAGGUUGAUAUGUCAGACCUCUCCCCAGAGGAGCAAUGGAGGGUCGAACAUGCUCGAAUGCAUGCCAAACAUCGUGGCCACGAAGCCAUGCACGCUGAAAUGGUACUCAUCCUCAUCGCUACCUUGGUAGUGGCCCAGCUGCUCCUGGUACAAUGGAAACAGAGGCAUCCCCGUUCUUACAAUAUGGUGACCCUCUUUCAGAUGUGGGUUGUUCCCCUCUAUUUCACAGUGAAGCUGCAUUGGUGGAGGUUCUUGGUGAUAUGGAUCUUCUUCUCUGCUGUCACAGCCUUUGUCACCUUCCGAGCCACAAGGAAGCCUCUUGUACAGACGACCCCAAGGUUGGUUUAUAAAUGGUUCCUGCUAAUCUAUAAAAUCAGCUAUGCCACUGGCAUUGUUGGCUACAUGGCUGUCAUGUUUACCCUCUUUGGUCUUAACUUAUUAUUCAAGAUUAAACCAGAAGAUGCAAUGGACUUUGGUAUUUCUCUUCUCUUCUAUGGCCUCUACUAUGGAGUUCUUGAGCGGGACUUUGCAGAAAUGUGUGCAGAUUAUAUGGCAUCAACCAUAGGGUUCUACAGUGAGUCGGGCAUGCCUACCAAGCAUCUCUCAGACAGCGUGUGUGCUGUGUGUGGGCAGCAGAUCUUUGUGGAUGUCAAUGAAGAGGGCAUCAUCGAGAACACGUACAGGCUUUCCUGCAAUCACGUAUUCCAUGAAUUCUGUAUUCGAGGCUGGUGCAUCGUGGGAAAGAAGCAGACAUGUCCCUACUGCAAGGAGAAGGUGGACCUGAAGAGGAUGUUCAGCAAUCCCUGGGAAAGGCCUCAUGUGAUGUAUGGACAGCUGCUAGACUGGCUUCGAUACUUGGUAGCUUGGCAGCCUGUCAUCAUUGGCCUGGUACAAGGCAUCAGCUACAUCCUGGGCCUGGAGUAAUCAGAAAUCACAUCACUGGAGAACCCACCACCCACUAUGGACCUCAGGGCACUCUCCGUGCUGCCCACAAAGACUUGGGUGGAAAAGACUCAAAGGCACUUGGGCCAUUCAGGACCUCCCCAGCUGUGUCUGGGUUGGAGGGGAAAUGAUGGAGAACCAGCCAGUGGGGCUGUCAAUAGUGGGGGCUUUUUAAAAGAAAAUUAUUUUGAUGAAUAUAUUUAAAUUUUUUUAUUGUGGAGCAUAGGAAUUGUCCCCCCCACCCCCACCCCUAGGCCUAACCUUGCUUGAACAGAGUUGGGCAAAGCUGUGGUAUUAUUGGUUGAGAGGAGUCUUCUCACCUCUGGCUGAGAGCACUGGUGGGUUUUCAGGAGGCUGAGUGCUUCAGCCAACCCUUUCCCUUCCCUUCCCUUCCCUCUGCAAGGCUCAAGCCUGGUUUGCACUCAGUGUAGAAGAGCUCAGACUGAUGCCAGAUUAGCACUGAGCGGUAAAGGGUUUCUUCAUCUCUGGACAUGAUAGGUGUUGUGUAUGACUCUGUUGCCUUUUUGUCUGGAAACUAAAGGCUGGGUGUGGCAAAAUCAGUGACUUUUCCAACUAGGGAAGCACUGUGGCCUCCAAAUUCACUGACAUGUUUUUCGAACAGCUAGAAAUAUGAGCAGCAUGGAUAACCUGCCCCUGAGCAGGGCCGUCACAAGGCAGGGUAUAAAAGCAAUCUAUAUAUCAUUUGGCUGUGGAAGCUACUUCGGCAGCAGCAAAUGUUGCAGCUUCUUAUGCAAGUACACCAUUAAGUCUGGAAGUGUUGACAUGUGCCAAAGGCUCUGCACAUCACUUCCUUCCUGAAAGCCUAAGAGUGUGUAUGUUUGUGUACGCACAUAGCAGACAGACAAAUGGAUCUCUGUUUUCUGCCAGUCAUCAGUGUGCCCUUGAAGCUAAGUGGGGAUUCCCAGCCCAGGAAACAUCCUUAGGUAGGCUUGGUCAUUUUUGGGCUUUUCCUGAGCCUGACAUUAAGAAUGGUGAGUGCAUAGGCAGAAUGAGGCCUGAAUAAACAUGGGCUCUGAAAGGGGGUUUCUGAGCAGACCUAACUGUAGUCCUGGAAGUUUGAAGAAACGGGGAGGGCAUCAUGGGUCAGCAGCACUGGGUGUCUAGAGAAAUUUGGCCUGGCCCAUUUGAAGGCAACAAGAACCAAACAGGAUCUUGUCAUCACAUCUGAAUAAAGCUCCAUGAGCUGGCUGCGAAGCUACACAUGCAUUUGCUUUUCUCUUUGCCACCUCUUUCCCGGGCCCCCUGGGGUAUCUUGGCCUCUUGCAUCCUACCUGAGAGUGGGGACCUGGAGUCAUCGUUCCUGCCUUCUCACCCAUCCUCCCUCCGUGUGUGUGGCUCCUGUCCUACAGCAUGAGGAGCCUGAGACCUCCAACCCCAGUCUGAGACUAGUAUCCUGAUACCCCACUACUCAGCCUGUUCUCUUACUCAGCUGUGGCUUCCUCUUUCCCUCCACUCUCAGAGGAAUGGGAGCUGAGCAAAAGGCCCAGAGACAGGCUGCUCUUCCUUUGGUAUUUGCCCUUCCCUCUCCCUAAGGUGACAGCUGCUUUCAUGUUGACAGCUGCUUCCAUGUUUUAGCUUUAGCCUUGUUGUAAGGUACAGCACAGUUCCUCUUCCUGCACCACUACCCAAACCCCAGUGGAAUGAGAAGUCCCCCACUGUGCGUGUGGAUGCACAACUUCUGGACCUAACUCCUGGAGAUCCUGGAUUCUGAGGGAGUUUUCCCCUGAAUUCUGCAGCCUAGGUGGUAGAGGGUAGGUGGACUGCUCAGAAGAAAUGUUAACUGUGCCACAUAAAAGACAGCUUCUAGCCUCCUGCAUCUGAACCAGGUAUGACUCUGUUCCCACAGGUCCUUCCAACCUGAUCCGUCCUACUUGUCACCAGGUCUACCCUCUGAUGACAGAAUCACAAACCUAAGACCACAGCACUUUGCCGCAAGUGCAUGCAUUGGUCUUUCUGCCCCAAGAGUUCUGGCACAUUCAGGGAGCAUGGCUUCAGGAUUUUGUUUGAUUCUAGUUUUGUUCUUUCCAAGUACCCAGCCUCUGAGCUGAGCUACUGGAGCCAGUCU